AUUUUGUUGUUUCCAUUGGGUCUGAUUUUGCAUAAUAUGUUGAGCACCAAUAUACACACUUUUUAUUGAUUGUUUCUGCUAAUGGGAAAGGUGGGCAGUUUGAAAAGAGUGGCCAGUUAGGAAUGGGCCCUCGCAAUUUUGAUUUAAAAAUUGCCAUUAUGGGUGUGGAGUGGGAAAGAAUGGAUAAAAUGGAAAUGGGAGAGAGGGCCAACCCAAAGGCGAUUUUGAUUUGGAAAUUGCCAUUAUGGAUGCGGGGAAGAAUGGGUAAAUUGGAAAUGGGAGAGAGUGGGGAAAUUGCCAUGGGGGAAAAAUGGGUGGGAAAAGGGGUGUGAGGAAAUUGAAGAGGGGCCAAUCCAAAGGCGAUUUUGAUUUGGAAAUUACCAUUAUGAAAAGAAAAGGGCCAAUUUGGAAAGAGCGGUCAAUUGGAAAUUGUGAGGAUAGUGUGUGUAAAAAUCAAUAAAGCCAUUUAAAACAGU